AUGGGCAAUCCAAGUGAUAGCAUGAAAUCGACACCUCAAAUCAAGCCACACUCACAAACCCCAAAACCCCCAACUUUCAACGUAGCAGAUGUCGUUCGCCGCCUAAAAGCCUGGAAUGUUCGUCCCAUUCCGCGUCUUCUCAAUUAUGGUAUUAAUGCAGACGGUACACGAUAUCUUGUGACAGAACUCAUUAGCGGUGUUACUCUUAACAAACUCCAUGCAUUAGGCUGUCGAGUCACAAGCGGUAAAAUAUACACCGAAGAAGCAUCUUGUGCUACCUGUGUACGUACCGCCUAUUCGAAUGCCAUAAACUUGGUCGAAAAUACCGUAUCACCCCAGCUAUCAACCAUGAAAUCCUACACGAGAGGAAUUAACGGAUUCGUAAUGCCUCCCGCCUGGUUACCCCUCGAUUCGGAAGAGCCAUAG